AUGGCGAGGUAUUAUGACUGUGCCACCUCUCCACCAAGAACCCCUAAAAUCACCGUGGAGACGACCCUUCCCGUCUUAGAGAUACAAACGUGGGCCAACCCUAUCAUCACCGAUCGCCUUAUUAUUCGGCCACUUCGUUUAAAAGAUAUAGAGGGGUUUAAUGCCCUUCACAGUCAACCAGAAGUCACAGCUUUAGCUUAUGUAGGUGGAUCUGAUCCCGAAUACGACCUAAGCUUCAAUUUUGGAGCACUGGUAAGCUGUCUCAGACCUUGGACCGAAACAAACAUAUAUUUUGCAAUCCUCAGUCGGACUUCAGAUGCCGAAGAAGGAGACUACAUUGGGGAAUUGAUUAUGCAGUUUGGUAACGGUUGGCCUAGCAUUGGUUACAUGCUCAGAAAAGAGUAUUGGGGCCAAGGGUGUGCGACUGAGGCCGUCAAGGGCUUUAUGAAAUUUUAUUGGGAUCUUCCUCGUAGUGCUGCAACCUUCGCAGUACAUCCUGAUACCAUACACGGGCCUGGAGGUGAAGAAGAAAAGUCUACUGAUUCUCCGCCUAAAGUCAAGGAGCGAGUUAUUGGUAAGGCGGAAAGACUUAAUGGUUCAAGCCAAAAGGUACUCCUAAAAGCAGGGUUUGAGCGUAUUGAGCAAAUAACCACUGGUUUGGCUCAUUUUCAAUACAUUUUCCCUCUGGCUCAGGUUGAGCUUGAAGUUUACCGCGAAAUGUAUUGGACAAGCGUAUAG